AUGAGUUCACUGCAAGAUCAACUCAACGAGAGAAAGAAGAGACUUGAGCUGUUGGCCAGCAAGGGCCUACGAACAGGCACUCUGAGUGAUGAUACCCGAAAGACACAAGAUCGAGCAAUAGCCGAAGCGGAAAUUGUGGGAGCUGAAUCAAAUUCAAGUAGCCCUUUUGUUUCUCUGCAUGAUACUCCACAUCGUGACAGCUCAGAGAAAGCCCCUAAUAAGCCAAACGAGAAUAGCAGAGACGAGAAUAGCGAAAAGGUCGCGACCAUGAUAAAGCCAACUAGUGAUUUACAAAAGAAGCUCCAACCCGACCUAGACGAGCUAGAAAAUCGCACACAAGAGGCGAUCAAGAGGCUUGUACGACAGAGGCUUUUGACAGAAAGCUCCACGGUAGAAGAUACGUAA